UAAAACUGCAAUUUGCAUACGCGAUUGCUGUUUUCCGAUUUUCUUGCGUUUUAGCGAAUUGCUAAGUUUAAAUUAUGAAAAAUUCAUUAGGAUCCUUUAUAAACUAAGCUACCAUCAAAAUAUUUAUUUAUUAAUACUUUAGUAUUUUAUGUGUAAUUUAUAUAGCUUGGAAAAAAUGUAAUUGAUACUGUAUAAUUAGUAAUUUUGUAAAAUAGCUGAAUAUUAUGUUUCAUUGUCAUGGAAAACAGUAGUAAGUGAUUAGAACUAUGUUGCUGUAGUCCACCAGCGAAAAUGAAUUUGAUGCGCAAAUUGCGUGGGUCGUCCGCCUCAACAUCGGCGGAGCCCGAAGCUGCGAGCUCUCACAUCCAGCUUGGUUUGAUGCACUUGAAAAAGUUGUUUGCAGAGUACACCCAUCCUCCUCAACCGCUUACGGACGCUGAAAAAGAUGAUAAACUUUACAACAUGCUACCAUUAUUCUGUAAGGUGUUUGGAGCUAGUCCUUCAACAGAAAUGAAUGAAAAAUUUUGGGAUAUUCUAUCAUUUUGUCAACAAGUAUCAAAGCUAAUGGUCUCAGAAAUAAGAAAAAGAGCCAGCAAUCAAAGUACUGAAGCAGCUAGUUGUGCUAUUGCAAAAUUUCUGGAAAUAGAAAAUUCUGAAGAAUCUAGUAAUGGAUGGAUGCUCUUGUCAACAUUAAAUCUUUUAGCUGCGGGUGAUCAAUCUUUAAUACAGGUGAUGACAACAGCCGCAAUACCCUCAACUUUGGUGAAGUGUCUAUACUUGUUUUUUGAUCUCCCUGAAAUACCAGAAUCAGAGGCAGAUGUACAUGAUGAUGCUAGUGAAUUUACACCAAGAGAAAGAAGAAUAUUAUUGCAAAAGAUAUUUGUUCAGGUGUUAGUGAGAUUGUGUAGCCACCCAUUUCCUUGUGAGGAAUUGGCAAGGAAGGACGACCUGAGUCUACUCUUCUCAGCAAUCACGUCGUGGUGCGCUCCACAUAAUAUGAUGUGGAGGAAAUCUGCUGCUGAGGUCUUGAUGACUUUAUCUCGACAUGGCUUAACACAAUCUGUGGUACAAUAUAUUCAUAAUAAAGGAUGCGUUGGAUUGUGUAUAGAAAACAUGCAAAAAAUACCGGAACUAACACCCCUAGAGGUGGUCGAAAUGUUCGUUGCCGUAUUCUGUUUUCUGAAGGACUCCAGUGACGUCAGUCAGUUAUUGUUAGAUGACUUUCGUUCGUGUCAAGGAUACCUCUUCCUUUCAGAAUUUCUAUUAAAACAUGAGAGACAAGAUGUACCUGAUUAUUUGACGUCAGGGUUGGAAGAGGAACGUGUAAGUGGUACGGAAGCAAAAGCGGCGCUGAGGAAUCUUGUUCUGAUGAUAUCCUCGCUAUGUGCUUGUGGCUUCUCCGAGCUGCGUCCCACCAGAGCCAACACUGAACUAUUUCAGCUUCAAGGCUUUGUUCUGCCACAGCCUUCUACGCCCGGACAGGCUGUGAGGAAUGUUCAGGCCUUUCAGGUACUACAGUCCGUCUUCUUAAAAUCAAAUUCACCGGCUCUCUGUUGUACGAUCCUAGACGCCAUCUCGAGCGUAUACCACGCGGACAACGCCAAUUAUUUCAUACUGGAAAAUCAAAACACACUCAGUCAAUUCUCAGAGAGGAUUCACACGAAAAACGCUGAGAUACAAGAGAAAUUUUUCGAGUUGCUUGAAUUUAUCGUUUUCCAACUGAACUUCGUGCCAUGCAAAGAGUUGAUUUCCUUGUCGCUGUUGUUGAAAGCGAAUAGAUCGAGAAGCUGCAGCAUUCUUUGUAUCAAGACAUUGUUAAAUAUUCUCAAGCACAACGCAAUUUUCAAGGACGUGUACCGAGAGGUCGGUAUGUUAGAAGUGUUCGUAACGUGUCUAACACGUUACGCGGUAUACCUUAAAGAUAAACAAAUACUAGAAGAGGAAUUGGAAGAGAAAAGAGAACAGAAAGAAUCCGAUAGAAGCGCAAGUGAAUCCCCAAAGGCUCCAGAAAGGAAAAAGCGUCAAUCGAGACAGGAUUCCUUGAUCAGAGACCCUAACGUUGACAGUCAGGAAGAGGAGUUAGGGGAAUUGGUAAUGGAGGGUUUAACUGCCCUCUUGAAUGGGAAUGUGAACAAUUGCAACGUGUUUCGGGAUUGUGGUGGCGCUAAAUGUGUGCACGGAAUGGUCGUCUAUGAAACGUGUAGGACGAAAGCUUUAGGUGUGGUAAGAGAGUUGAUAGUGAGUGGUUCGGGAGAAGAAGACAUGUCAAUGUUGUUAAGCGGGAUGCACGCGGCGCCAAACGACGCAUAUAGACUUAAACUGCACAUUCUGAAGGCAUUACUGGUUUGUCUGAGGGACUCUCAUCGGACGAGAACUAUUUUUAGAAAGGUGAGCGGUUUCGUUUACGUGACGAGCGUGUUAGUGUCGUUAGAAGGAAGAUUAAAAGGAGGCACUCUGCUGUCUCGAGAUAUGUUGCAUCUCAUACAUGUGGUGUUUUAUACUAUCACAACAGCAAUGCGCUUCGAACCUGCCAAUGCCAAGUUCUUUCACCACGAGAUCUGUAUGACAACUCUAUAUGAAACGAUAAGACUGCUGGGAUGCUUCACCAAUGAUACUGAGCUUCUGAAUGACACUGAAGCGGGAGACCAAGAGCUGUAUGAAGUCUUUCAUGAGAUCUUUACCAGCAAUAUAUUGGAGACCACAUUUCCUGAGAAAGUCCCGGCGGAGUUCAUUCACGCCAGUAUAGUGUUGAGGUUACUUUACGACGUUGCCCUGGAUUGCUUCGACAAACCAUCGUUUUUUGGAUUACUCAAUGUUAAAUCGCCAAGUUUGACUCGACAGAGCUCGGCUAUUAAUGAGGCCAAACCUGCGGGUAGAUCGGCACCUUUGAACCUGUCGAUAGGUGCACCCUCAAACGAGGCGUGGGUGAUACACCCGGGCGUGGUCAUCGUGUUGACCAAGCUGUUGCCCGCGCUGCCACGCCCAUCGGAGCACGAGGACUAUGCGAGGGCGCUUAGAGAUUACUUGGCGCACGUUUUGAAGAGUCUUGUGAGAAGUGAACGCAACCAGCAAGUGAUGUGCGUGGGAGGCCUGGCCGGCGUCGUGCUUCGGGAGUGCGGCUGGGCCUUGCGCAACGAGAGACAUCCCUUGCACGCGCCCGCCUUGUACGUGCUGGAACGAUUGGCUGCCCACGCCUUGAAGCCUUCGGAUCUCAGGGAUUUCCUACGGAUGGGCAAUCCUUUGAACUGUUUGGCGCCGGAGUCCGGACAAGUCAGUAAGCCCGGGGGACCAGUCCCAUUGACGAGAAUUAAAACUUUGGUUUCUAUGACAACGCCUCGAGAUUAUAGGGCACAAAAUUCGUGUACGUUGCCACCGUUCGUGGAGUUCGACAUGUCUGCGGAGGGCUUCGGUUGCCUCUACCUCCCCAGCAUCGCUCCUCAGGCGGCGAACUUGAACGCCCUCGGCUCCCAGGACUCCUCAACGCUCGGAGGAAUUGGAUCGGGCGACCGAGUGUUCCCUCCCCAAACGGGGCUCACGUAUUCCACGUGGAUCUGCGUGGAAAAGUAUUCCGAGGCCCGUACGGACCCACACUGUGUCCGUUUGCUGACCCUCGUACGCAAUAUUAACAACUCAAGGGACGACCACCUCGUGUGUUUGGCUCUGGUGUUAUCAGCUCGGGAUAAAGCUAUCAUUGUAUCGACGCAGGAGACUUUAGUUCCACACAAUGUUGGCGAAUGGGAGCCCGAGGGUGUAGGCGAAUGUGGCGCCCGUGUGUGGUGUCCAGACUUGCAGCACGAGGGACAGUGGCGCCAUCUAGCUCUUGUCCUCAAUCGGGCCGUACUCAAGAACUCUUCCUUCUCGCUCUAUCUUGACGGGCAACAUAUGCACUCGGGAAAGUUACACUACGUAAGCGCUAACCCGGGCGGUGGAGCUGCAACCUUAUCGGGAGCCUCCAGCGUGUACUGCGUCGUGGGGACUCCGCCCCAUUGGAGGCGCUAUUCCAGGCUUCUUUGGAGACAGGGACCUGCACUUCUGCUGGAGGAUGUAUUGCCCGCACAAACAAUAUCGGUGAUAUACCAGUUGGGGCCGCACUACAUGGGAACAUUGCAAGCGCCAGUUCUUCCUGGCCCGAAUCAGGAACCAUUAGGACCUUUGGUGGCCGAAGAGAAAGUUAUAUUCGGGAUAAACGCUCGGGCGCUUUCCCAACUGACACUCGCGAAGAUUCGCAAAGUGUAUAGCAAGAAUGAUAAUAAGGCGAUUGCCAAGCAAUUGGGAAUGUCGUCCCAUGAAAACGCCACCCCGAUAAGGGUGUUACAUAACUCUGCGGGACACUUGGUGGGUCCCGCCAGGUGCCUGGGAGGGGUCGUUGUGGGGUAUUUGGGUGUGAGAGUGUUUUGUCCUAAACCAGCGGCCAUAAUGAUCGACACGGUGGGCGGAUGUUCAGUGUUGCUAGGUCUCAUAGCAAUGGCUCAGGAUGUGGAAUGCUUGUACGCCGGUGUCAAAGCUUUGGUCUGUGUCGUUCGCUCGAACAAGGCCGCCCAAGCAGAAAUGGACAGACGGAAAGGAUACCAAACAUUGGCAAUGUUAUUGAAGAAGAAGAAGCAGCUUCUCAAUUCACAUAUUCUGCAUCUUAUUUUUGGCUUGGUCGGCACUGUGGACAGCCAGAAGGAAACGUCUUCGAUACCCAACUUGACAGCUUUUCAGGACUUGAUAUGCGAUCUAGACGUAUGGCUGGGCGCGCCCAGCGGCCUAAUUAAGUCCCUCUUGGAGCAUUUACUAGAGUUAGCAACGGAAACAGCUCACAGAACGCACAACUUACGCACAAUGAGAGAGUUGCAACUCGUACCGAAAUUACUGUAUAUCGUCAACGAUGUCAAAGUGGGAAGCACAAAGAAUGUUCUGAUCAAUUUGCUGGCAGCUCUGCUGGGAGGUCAACCGCGACCAAGCGAUCUCUUGUGUCUGGGUCAAUAUAUGGCCUAUACCCUGCCGUUACCCACGCAAACAGAACAGAAUAUACCCAUAACGGACGAUUUUGAGAAGGAAUCUGACGGCGAAGUCAUAAUAUUGAGGAACAAAUGUUUGUGCGUGCUCCAUACUUUGUUGUUCACGAACCGGAAUUUAGUGAACACGAUCGUCUGCGAGGAGAUCUCCAGAGUUCUGGGCAUGGAUUGGCUUUUAAGCUUUAUGCAAGAGAAUGUUCAUCCGGCAACUGUGCUGUGGGCGUUGAGGAUUUUGGUCAUUUUGUGCUCUGGACAGGGACAGCAAAGUGCCAUAAUGCAAAGGUUCCGCGAGGGCUUAAGCACGGGUGGAUGGGUGCGUCACGCGGAAGUGUGCGGGACAGGGCAGGCGGGCGUAGUCUUGCCCGCCGCUGCGCUCGCGCAUCCCAGGUUGCACGCGCCCCUGCUUUAUACAUCUGGAUUCACGCUGCUUGCCUGGCUCUCUCUUUUCCACCUUCAAAUACCAGAGCUAUAUUAUCUUCUAUUCGGUCUCACCCUCGGACAGCCGAUGCGUCAAACUGGCCCAGACAAGACCGUAUCUGUUGAGCGCGUAUGGGCCGCGGCUUGGGGGGCUGCAGCCCCACAAAGACAGUCUUCAGCGGCUUUGGCGGCGAGAAUCACCCUGUGCCCGGAGGCUGUUGUCAUACUCUUGGCGACUGUUAGGUCCCUGGUACAUGGCGAGUCCCUGCCCGAGUGGUUGAAUGACCAUCCUGUUGGUAUUAUACAGGUACUAUUUUCCCUGUACAACACGUUACCAGACUUCGUCACUCUGAUGAUGACAGCCGAGGUGCUCAGCGCUCUCGCCUCUAUUCUCUUUCCACCCAACGCCUCUGACGAGAUCCAUAUGCCCGUGUGUGAGAGCGGAGAUAGCUCUGGUGCGUCGACUCCAGGCUCUGAGAAGGACGUGGUGCUGGUCAGCAGCUCUGCGACCCUCACCCAGCAUCCAGCUCGACAGGCUGUCAUGGACUUCAUCAAAGUCAUCGUGCUAGACUCGCUGCCUCUUAAUGUGACCGCUAAAGCUUCCCCGAGUCUGAUUGCGAACGACUCGGUGCCUCCGUCAAUGUUUUGUACGCCCUGCUCCACACAGAGAUCGUACUUUUAUUGCGUGAUUGAUUUAGUGCUAGACGCAUCACCCGCUAACUCGACAAGUGAGCAACAGAUUGAAUACCAAACAGAGGUACUGACGACCGUCAUGGAGAAUCUUCUCAAUACAGAACUGUUUGGCUCCGAGUCGAAUAUAUCUAAUGUGUGCUACUUGGCGGCGAGACUCGUUGAUAAACUGUGGCAAGGGCAACUGUCUAGAGAUCCUCACGAGGUUUUCGAUUUCCUUGUAAAGUUGGUCACACAAGCUAAGAAAAAGUCUCUAAUGGUGUCGUUGGAGGGACUUCAUCACUGCCUCAACAGGACCAUACUAUUCCUAUUAUCCCGUCCAACGGACUCUAUCGCCGAUCAGAUGUCCGUACUGGAAGCUUUACACAAAUUAACUACUAAUAGGCUGGUGAUAUUCGGCGCAGGCAAUCAUUCUCUGGAGUUCAUGGGGUGUCUGACAUAUUGCCUACUGCAGCUUAGUGCAAGUAUGCGUGUGGCACUAGACGUACAACAUAGGACCACCUGGCAUGUCAAUCCAAGUGGAGAUUUGGAGGCUCAUGAUGACCGUCUUACUGCUCAUCAGGGCCGCAACUUAAUGGCGGGUGCGGCUCGUCGCGUGUGGGAGGAGUUAUACGCGUGUAAGAAGCCGGCCAUCGAGGAAGUCUUCAAGGUGUCUCUGAGUGCUCCACCACCUGGAGCUAAAGCCCCUGACCUUGGGGUAGUGAGGGAGACCCUUCACGAUGCUGCCCAUCGCCUUUGGACGCAUUAUGUGGAUGCUGAAAGGAAGGCCGUGUACCGCGUACCGUGGGAGCUGCACAAUCAGAUUCAAUCGAAGAUACAAAAAGUGACAGGUGGUCUGACACGACUGGCGUCUCGCACGAAGGUGAAACGUGAAGACACGGGGAAGCUGCGACCGAGGUUGUCGAAGCAUCACGCGCUGGCGUACAUGCAAGAUCAUGUUCAAUUAGUGAGACAAUCGUGGUUGUCGUGCGCCCAGUGUGCGGCAAAUACGAGCGCGCACACGACUCGGUACGUGCAAGCGGAAUGGUCGGGAGUAUGGAGGGAACUCACGCGUGAGAGAGCCCUCUGGGGUCCCCCUAGGCCUUCGCCCCUUGACAAGUGGGCGCUGCAUUGUACUGAGGGACCCUGCCGUAUGAGGAAGCAGCUUCGACGGAACUAUUCCUUCUACGCUCAUUAUCCCUUUAGACCGCUCCUGGAGAAGGCUGAAAAUCGUCAGCUAAAAUACAAAGUAGCACAGAGUCGUGACAGCAAGGAGUACUACCGCGUGUACCAGCAGUGGCGCUCUCAUGCCGCGUUGGGAGAAGCCGACAGCGUCGAAGUUGAUGGACAGGCUAUGGAGGAUGAUCUCACCAGUACCAGAGAUACGUCAGUGGAAGUAAAUAACGAAGAAGGCAGUCCAUCUGAUCUCGUGAGCAGCGGAGUCGUUAGUCGAGGGAAUAAUAAUUCAACUGAAGCAAGUGAAGAUGGACCCGAUAAUGAAGACGAAGAUGAACAAGCUCCUCCACCAGAUAAUCAGACGCUGUUACGGCUGCUAGAACAUCAUGAGAAGAUUACACACAUGUUCCGAUGCGCCCGUAUCCAAGGUUUGGAUACGACUGAAGGUCUCCUCCUCUUUGGACGAGAGCACUGCUACGUCAUCGAUGGCUUCACCCUUCUCAAGAAUAGAGAGAUUCGAGACCUGGACAGCUGCCCUGAUGACUACGACCCCAUACUGCCGAGCCAAGCCAUACAGAGGAGCAAUCAGCGGCAAUGCUCCAAGUUCCUAUAUGAAGAUAUACGAGAGGUGCACAAACGAAGAUACCUCCUGCAGCCCAUUGCUUUAGAAGUAUUUUCUAGUGAUGGUCGCAAUUAUCUGUUGGCUUUUCCCCGAAAAGUAAGGAAUAAGGUGUACAGCCGCUUUACAGCUGUAGCGACAGGUAUGGCGGAUAGCGCAGCAGGUUCCGUGGCAGGUCAAAAGAGGGGCGUGGCAGUAGAGCAACCAGGUGGUCUUCUAGCUUCCCUUAUUGGAGACACUUCUGUGACGCAGCGAUGGCUGCGCGGCGAAAUAACUAACUUCCAGUACUUGAUGCAUUUAAAUACUUUGGCUGGACGGUCAUACAAUGACCUAAUGCAGUACCCCGUGUUCCCCUGGAUUCUGGCGGAUUAUGACUCCUUGGAACUGGACCUCAAUGACCCGGCCACCUUCAGGGAUUUGAGCAAACCAAUGGGCGCUCAGAGUUCUGACAGAUUGGAUCAAUUCAGGAAACGAUAUAAGGAAUGGGAUGACCCUCACGGAGAGACCCCGCCCUACCACUACGGCACUCACUACUCGUCCGCCAUGAUCGUGUGUUCGUACCUUGUACGGAUGGAGCCCUUCACGCAGCAUUUCCUGAGACUGCAAGGAGGGCAUUUUGACCUGGCAGACAGAAUGUUUCAUUCUAUAAAAGAAGCAUGGAAUUCUGCAUCGAGACACAAUAUGGCUGACGUGAAAGAAUUGAUUCCGGAGUUUUUCUAUUUACCUGAAUUCUUGGAUAACUCAAAUAACUUUGACUUAGGAUUCAAGCAGUCGGGCGUAGCUCUAGGCGACGUAGUACUACCUCCUUGGGCAAAGGGCGACCCGCGAGAAUUCAUCAGAGUCCACCGAGCGGCACUAGAGUCUGACUUUGUGUCUCACCGCCUGCAUCAUUGGAUCGACCUGGUCUUCGGCUACAAGCAGCAGGGUCAGCCGGCUGUGGAUGCCUGCAAUGUGUUCCAUCAUCUCUUCUACGAGGGCAACGUCGAUAUUUACAAUAUCGAUGAUCCGCUCAAGAAAACGGCAACGAUAGGCUUCAUCAACAACUUUGGCCAAAUACCAAAGCAGCUAUUCAAGAAGGCCCACCCCAGUAAGAAGAUGUCCCAGCGGACCUCUACAAUAUUGGACCCUAACAACAUCAUUCCCUCACAAGGCGUCAUCACGCCUCCUGACAAAUUGUUUUUCCACAAUUUGGAGAAUUUGAGGCCUUCAUUGCAGCCAGUUAAAGAGGUAAAAGGCCCAGUAGGUCAGAUCCUAUACACGGAAAAGGCCAUCUUGGCCGUUGAGCAGAACAAAGUACUGAUGCCGCCCACUUACAACAAGUACGUGGCUUGGGGUUUUGCGGAUCAUUCGCUUCGAGUGGGCCACUACGACAGUGAUAGGGCCGUGUUCGUCUGCGAAAGCGUGGCGCAGGCUGCAGGAGAGAUCGUCACGUGUGUGUGUCUGUCCGAUAAAACCCUCGUGACGGCUGGAACGAGCACGGUGGUAACGAUAUGGCAAUACUGGGCAAGGAGACGCCGCCUAACAGUUAAGACGUGUUUAUACGGACACGAGGAAGCUGUAACCUGUCUCGCUGCCAGUUCCGCAUACAAUCUGGUCGUGAGCGGCAGUAGGGACGGCCUGGUCAUUGUAUGGGAUGCGGAAGGAGGCACCUUUGUGAGGCAAUUGUUGCCGCCGCACUUUGCCAAUAUGACGCAGCCUUUACCACCCGUGUCUGCGCUUGCUAUUGAUGACCUGACUGGCGACAUAGCAACAUGUGCAGGCAGUUGGGUCCAAGCGUGGUCCAUCAAUGGCGAGCCCUUGGGUGGGGCAGCUGCAGGUGGAGGGGGUUCAGGCGGAGCUGACCGUGCCCCUCAGUUGCUAUGUGUAGCCUUUAGCCAAGCUCGCGAGUGGGACCCCCUCAAUGUCAUACUGACGGGCUCUUCAGAUGGUGUUGUCAGGAUGUGGUCAAUCGAAUAUGUACCCAAAGGGGACGAUGAAAGUACACCGGAAGCCGGAAGUGUGGAAGCUUCGGGUUCCAUAGACAAUACCACUGAACGACCCAUCAAGAUCGAAAAAUUAAGAACUGAAAGUGAAAGAUCAGAGAGCGAGAUGAAGAGUGAAGAAAUUGAGACGAGUGAACGAGACGCGGCUAUCAAACGGGUCGAGGCGUUGGUUAAGCAGAUGAGUUUGUCACAGGAACAGGAAGGUAACCUUGUGAAAUCUGGUUCAGAGAGUUCUCUAUCAGACAUCGGUGAAACGACCAGCGCCAAGGAAUCGUCUCGUCGCCAUGACGACAAAGACACGUGUAGCGAUAACGAUAAGAACGACUCCUGUGACGACGCCAAGUACGAAAUCGAUUCGGACGAUAAGGAUUACGAUAACGAGAAGGGAUUGGAUCACACAAAUAGGAGUAAGCUGCAGAAACAGGAACACGUCGUUUUAAGACAUAAGGCAAAGGGGAACCCAAUCUUUAGAAAAAGUGGAGGCAGCAUAGGCGGGUCAACCGAGUCCGCUGCGGAGGGAGAGCUUCGCAACAGCAAAUCCGACACCAGCCUCACGGACUCCUUUGUCGUGCUCGAGCAUAGGGACGUCACACACGACACUACACCGGCACCAGCAGCAGCAGCUCCCGCCGUAUCCGCCGAGAUGCGCUGGCGCAGACGUCUGGUGGUGCGAGGCAAGCUGACCAUGCACACGGCUUUCGAGCGCCAAGACAACACUUCCCCUGCUGCGGUCACUGCUCUCGCUGCGGCUCGGACUGGCCGAGGAGUGGCCGUUGGAGACGCACGCGGACGGAUAUUCCGUUGGUGCGCUCCGGACAUGUCCAGCGCGUCCGGGGCGAAGGGCGGGCCCGCGGACCACUGGAUCCGCGACGACACGGCCCCGCAGUGCGCGCAGUGCUCCGUGCGUUUCACGGCGCUGGAGCGGAGGCACCACUGCCGGGCGUGCGGGGCCGUCUUCUGCGGACGCUGUUCCAAGUACGAGGCCCCCGUGCGUCGUCUGAGGGCGCUUCGCCCCGUCCGCGUCUGCCAGCGCUGCCAUCACCAAUUGCAGAACGACAAGGAUUAGGUAUAGCUUAAUAUACUUAAAGAUAUUAUACAUAAACGCGAUUUUUUUAUUUGUAUCCGUUAGACGAUUAAGGGGCUAAGUGUAUUUCUUCUAGUUUUGCUUGGCGAAGUUAUUAUGUUUGAGGAAUUAGCGCGUUAAUCAAUUUAAAAACCGCGUUCGUGUACGCAAAAUGUAUUAGUAAAAUUUUGAUAAUUUAUUUAUAUAUGUGCUGUCAUAAAUAUGCGCUUUACCCUUAGAAAUAAAAAAUUAAAUUACCAUAGGUAUUAUAAAUGUUGGGUAAACACUUUAAUUGUACACUUCGAGAACUCGAGAAACCCUGACUAAAACCACAACACAAACCUAAUCAAUCGUAUAUUGAAAUGUUGUGGAAAAUACAGAUACCGGCAAACAUCUUCAAGACGUAAUUUUUAGGUGUCACUGGGGGGGUAGCGGGCGGUGGUG